AUGCAUUCCUUUGAUGAGGAUAUUAGUAAGCUAUUCGGUUUCGAGCUUUAUGAUGAUGUUAUCACUUUGUACGAGCUGUCAUAUGCUGAGCAAGUGUUAAGUAAACUCCAGGCUGCAACUGUGGUCUCGAUGGUAGCCGAAUCCUACUACCAGCGUGAUUGUUUUAUCAAAAGUCAAGAGGCUUUUUAUCGUGCGAUUACAUUAACAAAGACAUUAUCGAAGUCACUGAGCAAAUAUUUGAAAUUUUCUGAAGCUGAACUGAAAUACCGACUUCAUCGCUGUUUACUGAAACAGCGUAAACGAGAGGAAGCAAUGGGUGUUUUGGGUAGCAUUGCUGAGGAGGAAAUGACUCCGAAAAUUAUAUCAGCAUUGGCCCGUCUGCAUCAUGUACCUUCGAAUGAUUAUACUAGCCGCGAUAAGGUUAAAACAGUGGGAAAUGCAAUGCUGUACCAUAAAAAAGUGGUUGAAAUAUGUCCAGAAGCCAUCGAUUCUUUGUCAUGCAUUGUACGAUAUGGCCUAAAAGAGGGAAUUUGCACAUCUCACCGUAGUCGCACCGUUCAGGCUUGGCUUAAAGCACAGGAAGCUGUUGCUGAACAAAAGCAUUACAAUGCAAUUUCUCAACUCUCUGGUGUGCCACCGGGAAAUUUAAAGAUAUUGAUUGAGUUAGGGCGGUUGCAUUAUAUUGUUGGGGAGAAUCAGAAGGCAGCUGUGUAUCUGCGACGAGCACAUCAUCUAGAUCCUAGCACUUCUUACUCAAUGGACAUUUUGGCAUUUAUUUUGGCACAGGAACAGAACUAUAAAGACUUGGAAAAUCUGGCAGCUACUUUGAUGGACGCGCAAGAAACUCCCGAAGCUUGGGUGGCAUAUGCUUUUCUUGCCAAAUGCCAGAAAAGGCAUGACAAAGCAUUGUAUUUCACAGAAAAAGCUUGUAAGUUAGCAGAUUGGCAUGUACAUCCAAUGGCAAUAUUAUUGAGAGCUCUAAUUCUAAUGGAUAAAAAGAAAUUCGACGAGGCCAUAGCCGAAUUGCGCGAUGCUCUUGUUAUUCAUCCUGCAAAUUACACUCUUUAUGAAGCUCUGGUCCAUGCAUUUCUUCUUCAGGAAAAAACUCAGGAGGCUCGAGUUGUUGCUUGUACAUGUCGACACAUUCUUGGUCAAGAUAAUGCUCGGGCAUUGUAUCUUUGUGCUACCUUAGCUGCUAAAGACGAAUCGACGGCAAUAUCGAUAUCCCCUCAUUUGUUGGAUGCUGUAUUUCUCCUUGUGGCCCUUUACGAUAAAACACAAAGUUAUGAAAAAGCGAUUACACUGCUAAGGAAGCAAACUCAGACGACAGUGAAUAGUCGACUUCAUCGUUUACUUGGUGAUUUCCUGACCAAAACGAAUCGUCCAGUUGAUGCAUGUCAUCAGUACAGAUUAGCGGUUGAUGGUGAUGCGACUGCAGCUAAAGCAAUGGAUGCAUUGGAAAUAAUGCCUGGAAUGUACACUCCAGAGUCUCUACCGUCAGUUAUUUGUCGUGGGAUAUCAAGACGUCGAACUAGCCAAAUAUGUCACAGCGAUCAGGCAUCAGUUGCUGAACGAAACAUCUAA